GGUAACGGUUAGCCGAGUCCCAGCACCACGGGCCGCUGGCACCAGUACACUCGCGUUCCCUUCAGCGGACACAAGGACGACGUGGUCUUACAGAAGUAGGAGGGUCGACGCAUUACGUCACGACUUAGAGUCAGGGAGUAGCAGUCACAAUUACGUCUCCAGGGAGCGUGAGAGGCGGCGGCGGCGGCGGUGACGGGACGUCCUCCUCCGUCAUGAGCGGACCCAACGUGGACGUACCUAUGGGCGAUGCCCUCCUGAUGGCUCAGCGUCAGAUGCUGUCGUCGCUGCCGCCCGCGCUCUUCCUGCGAGCGUCGGAGCGAUAUCAGCGCACGCCAAAAUGCGCCCGCUGCCGCAACCACGGCGUUGUAUCCGCACUCAAAGGUCAUAAACGUUAUUGCCGAUGGCGUGACUGUGUUUGCGCUAAGUGCACGCUGAUAGCUGAGCGGCAGCGGGUGAUGGCAGCGCAGGUGGCGCUCCGGCGGCAGCAGGCGCAGGAGGAGAACGAGGUGCGCGACCUAGCAUUACUUUACCGAACUUCCGCCACCUCCGGGGGCAGCAGCAACAGCAGCCCUGGCACAGCCGCCGCUCCUGGAGGUGGAGGACCCCAGGGACCCCCGCCCGUCACCGCCGACCCCUUCCCCGCUCACGACCUCCUUCUGCCCCCACAUCUUGCUCUCUCUAUCUCCCUGCAACAACAACAGCACCAGCAACAGAGACCCAUUUACACAUCUCCGUCCUCGUCGUCUUCAGAUCAACUGUCUCCAGGUAAGAGCUCGGUUUUUAUUCACGCCUUAUAUCCCGAAUGCGUGUUAUUUCUUUACUUUGCUGUAUCUAUUCCCGACCCCAAAAAGUUCCCAGAUUCCCGCCGCAUUUUCCAUACUGUGUCUUUUCCUGCUCCCCAAAAUUCCCUAGACUACCGCCGUAGUCCCGAAUUCGUGAUAUUCCUCUAA